CUUUCCGCUCUUACCGAGCUGCAGAUUUGGGGGUGGGAGUGGAGGGAGAACUUGAGGUUCAGGCAGUGUGGGGGAGAAUCGAAUGAAUUUGCAAGGUGGUGACCCUAGCCGGGAGCCCAUCCCUGCUCGGUGGAUCAAAGGACCGCAGUGGGUGAUGGUGUUCUGGGUUGUUCUUGGAUGGUGUACCAUUGAUGGGACUCUGUGUGCUCCGCUUUAUCAUCAUUUACUCCGUGGGAGGACUGGUAACAAGUUUCCCACCGAUAGCCGCCCUGACUUUUGGGAUUGAUGCUACUCUCUUCUCUUUGAAAGGAGUUUGUUGAAAAACAAAAUGCUUUUUGAAUUGACUGCAGUCUCUUCUGUACAUAACUCUUAAGACUACAAGCAGGAUAGAAGCAAGUUAAACAGAAAGCUCAUCCACAGCUUGGAAAAACAGACAUGGAGUUUUGAGGAGCAGAGGGACCAUGGUGGCGGCCAUGGGUGAUCAGGACACAGCCAGACAAUGUGGACCAAUUUCUUCAGACUGCGGCUUUUCUGCUGUCUGCUUGCACUGCUGAUGGUGGUGGUGCUGGUCAUCAAUGUUACUCAGGUGGAGUACUUGGACCGUGAGACUGUGUCAGCCAUGUUCGUGGACAGCAGUGGACAGUUUGUCUUCUCCCAGGCCACAGGCAUUAGCCGGAGCCUCUACUGUGGUUAUGAGCACCAGACACUGUCCAGUCGAGAGCGCAUGGAGGAGGACUCCUUGCUGGCUGCCUUGCAGCUGCAGGUGCCCGAUGUGGGGCCAGUCCCGUUUGUGAAGAGCACUGACCCUUCUUCCAGCUACUUUGUCAUCCUGAACUAUGCAGGCUUCUUCGAGGUGGGAAGCCAGCUGGAAGUGCUGGUUCAUGUGCAGGAUUUUCAAGGAAAGCCCAAGAAGUACGGUGGAGACUACCUGCAGGCCAGAAUCCAUUCCCCGAAGCUGCAGGCCGGGGCUGUGGGCAGAGUGGUAGACUACCAGAAUGGGUUUUACAAGGUUUUUUUCACUUUGCUCUGGCCGGGCAAAGUUAAAGUAUCCAUAUCUUUGGUUCAUCCCAGUGAAGGAAUCCGCAUUCUUCAGUACCUACAGGAAGAAAAACCAGACAGGGUCUAUUUCAAGAGUCUCUUCCGCUCAGGAAGAAUUUCUGAAACCACUGAGUGUAAUGUGUGUCUCCCUGGGAGUCUGCCCCUGUGCAACUUCACAGAUCUCUACACCGGAGAGCCCUGGUUCUGCUUCAAACCAAAGAAGCUCCCUUGCAGCAGCAGAAUUAACCACUACAAAGGUGGAUACCUGAAGGGCCUCCUAACUGCAGCACAGACUGUUUUCUUCCAGAGUGGUGUCAAUAUCAAAAUGCCAGUCAACUCCAGUGGACCUGAUUGGGUGACUGUGAUUCCCAGGAAAAUAAAAGAAACUAACAACUUAGAAGUGUCUCAAGGCUCAGGACCCUUUCCUUCUGGGUAUUACUACAAAGAUCAGUGGAGGCCCAGGAACUUUAAGAUGCGCCAGUUUAAUGACCCUGACAACAUUACAGAAUGCUUGCAAAGAAAAAUGGUAUAUUUAUUUGGUGACUCAACAAUCAGACAAUGGUUUGAAUACCUCACUACAUUUGUUCCAGAUUUAGUGGAGUUUAACUUGGGCAGUCCCAAGAAUGUGGGUCCCUUCCUUGCAGUGGACCAGAAGCACAACAUCCUGCUCAAAUACCGCUGCCAUGGUCCACCUAUCCGCUUUACCACCGUCUUUAGCAGUGAGCUACAUUAUGUGGCAAAUGAACUGAAUGGGCUAGUGGGAGGAAAGAAUACAGUGGUUGCCAUAUCGGUGUGGUCUCACUUUAGCACCUUCCCCUUGGAAGUGUACAUUCGGAGGCUCAGAAAUAUUCGUCGAGCCGUGGUUCAGCUCCUGGAUCGAAGCCCUAAGACCGUGGUGGUUAUCCGAACAGCCAAUGCCCAAGAAUUGGGGCCGGAGGUGAGCCUGUUCAACAGUGACUGGUACAACUUCCAGCUGGACACUGUGCUUCGGAGGAUGUUCUCAGGGGUUGGAGUGUAUAUUGUUGAUGCCUGGGAGAUGACUCUAGCUCAUUAUCUACCCCACAAACUGCACCCAGAUGAAGUUAUUGUGAAGAACCAGCUGGACAUGUUCUUAUCUUUUGUGUGUCCUUUGGAGACUUAGCCUGCUCUCAGGAAGACUAAAGGAAUCCCUUCAGUGACCUUCCCAGUAGACUUGCCUUGUAGAAAAUUUGAGGGUGGCCCAUUGUAAAAUGGCUACUGUAAAUAUGUACAAAGUUUCAAAAAGAGUAUCUUUAUCUAAUGACUUGUAUAGAACUUAGAAAAUGCAGUCUGCAUUUAUAUCUACCUGUUGGAUUUUCUCCCCAAUCUUGAUUUAGCCAUGGUAGAACUCUUCAUUAACAGCAUCUAUACACUGAAUUGCCCUGUAACCAAAGAUGCUAAUGAGUGUAUUGAGCUGGCUAGGACUGAACUAGCUUCUCCUGUGCGUAGAUUACUGUGCUAAAUGCAUGUAAGAAGUGUUCUAAGUAGAGGGGCAAACUUGUUCAGAAAUGGAUGUGGGUAGCCUGCCUGAUAAACACAACUUCAUGAAUAGCUCAAGUAGUCUGUCUUGGGGAGUGAACUAGAGAGGGCUUACAGUCCCAGGGUCCUGUGAACACUGUAGACUGCUGUGUCUCUGGAGUUUCUCUUCAUCUACCUUCUCUGAAUUACUUGAAAAAGCCAAUGUGCUUGAUAAGAAUUUUAUAGUGAGGAUAUUAAUAUUUCCUGCUUUAUAAAGGAAGAAGCAAAAGGGAAACAUGAAAUUAGUAUGUGUAGAAUCUGUGUGUGAACUGAUCUUUGCAUAGGAUGCUGAUUAUGCUCCUCUCUCCCUCCUCCCCUCCCUUCCUUUUGUGCCAG